AUGGCUUCCACAUAUUCCCUUCCAUCCGACUACACCGAGGAUAAUCCGUUCACAAAGCGGGAAAUGUCUCUGUUCAUUGUGAUCUACGCGUUCUGUGUUAUUAUGUUGAUUAUCAUGUAUGAGACGUUGAUGCCAGUUAUCAAUAAUCCUACCUAUCCACAUUAUAAUAAGGUGCCGUCGAUGGAGUUUGUGGGUGGAGGAGGACAGCCGGAGAUCACGCCCGGAUUCUGA